GUGCACCAUGUCGCUCCAAGGGAAGGAACUCUGCACCAAGGUACACGGCACCAAGAACGGAGCCAAGCGAGUGGCCUCUGAGGGCGUCGUCAAGGAAAUGAGGAAAAAGAACGAUUACAUUUACGUGAAGAAGGAGUACGUGGGCAAGAUGGUGACCAAGGCGGACCUGGUGGCCGAGGGUCAAAAGUUAAAGGCCGCUGGCUGUCCCCCGGCGCGCUACCUGCCGACCACCCCGCCGCAACCCAAGGGAGCGCCGAAGACGGCGGAGGAGAAAGCGAGGAUGGAGAGAGACAGGAAGCAGCAGGAGGAGGUGGAGAACCAGCCGGAGAACGUGAGACUGAAGCCACUCUUGCCCUACAUGGCGGCCGCAUUCUACAACAUCAUCGACGACUUCUACAAGAAGGUGACAACAACUGAUCCACCCGUCGAGCAAAGAGGAGCUGGAGGCCUUCCGGGCACAGUACCUGGCCAAGCACCAAGCUCUGGUGGAGGCCAGAGAGAGGCCCGACGAUCCGCCAAAACAGGAGGCUGGCGCACAGGCAGUGGCCGAGCUCACUGUCCAGAAAUGACGUUUUACUUCUCAAAUGUCAAACGUUGGGCCGAUUUCAUUGUCCAAAAAUAGAUUUUUACUUUCUCAAAUGUCAAAUGUUGGGCCGAUUUCAUUGUCUCAAAUGACGUUUUAGUUUCCCAUGUGUUCGACGGAGUUCAUUGUCCAAAAAUAGUUUUUUUUUACUUUCUCAUCGUUUUAGACUGAGAUUGUUAUAAAAAUGGCUUCGCUUUCGUAAGAGUUUUACAGCACUGGCGAAAACGAAGCCGUGAAUUUCUCAUCUGUUGGACCAAGUUGAAUGUUCAUUGUUCAAAAAAGCUUUUUACGUCAUGUCCAACCGAGGACAUGACGACCUUGAACUGUGUCUGACCGUCGUUUUGUCGUCCUAAAGUAACGUUGUAUACUCUGUCCUGUGGGGCUGGAAGUGAUUUCACUUGCACAACAGCGACUACUUCCAUCUUUGGUUCUCUUUUCUCCCCUCACUAGAACAGGGGGAGCAUUAACUUACCCUAACUGAGCAAUCCGUAAGAUGUUUUGAAUCUGACUUCCUGUUAGCUAUUCAGAACUUACGCCCCCUGUUCUAAGAUUUCCGGCUUCCACAGAAAACGCGUGUCUGCGUUCUGCGAAAUGUGCCAUGGGUUGAUCAAGUCAUUGCUUACACCCGGCAGGCCUACACUUUUGUUUUUUUUCCUUUUUGUUUCAUUUUGAUUGAGCUGACUCUUCCACGGUCCGGCAGUUCAGUCGCGUCUGUUCUUUGACUUUCCUUCUCCGUACACUCAUUUCUUCAUCAGUCUAAUCCUUGUGGUGUGGGGUGAGGCGUUGGAUGCGUGUGUGACGGUUGAUGGAAAUAUUUCUUGUCUGUCAACAAUGAAGUUUUUUCUAUCGUGACUUCACGCAAAAUGUUGUACGGUUUUCAUGAUCAUGUUUUAGAUUUUGUUUUGAAGUAAAAGUUCUGAGGAAACAA